UCCAUCUGUUGCUGCCAUUCACAUGAAUGGGCAUGAGAACAAAAGGGCUUCAUUCCAUCAGAAUAUUCCUCCUACUCCGGGUGAAAAACACAAAAAAACAUUUCCUGAAUUUUUAUUUAAUAUUGCUUGAGUAUCGUUAUAAUAAUAAAAUGUAUGGUGUGCUGAACAAAGCCUCUCCCUGCUGUCAUUCAAGCUGUUAUGUUCAUGUAAUGGAGGAAUUUUCCAGCUUGUUAUAAAAGUCACACACAGCCCUUUUACCUAACUUCAAUGUCAGCUCAAUGCAGUGGCUGUGGUAGGACCCCUGGUGGUGACCACCGUAGAGUGUUUUGACAAAAAAAAAAAAGGAUGUCUGCAACUUUCCUUAAAAAUAAUUUUGGAGUGUAAGGUGGUCAACGUAAACUACAAAAACUAUAGCGUGUGCUGAUUUACUUUAAAGUAAUUAAUAUAAUGAAUGAGGUUGUGUUUACCAGUGUUGGCCUUGGGGUACAAUCAGUCCCUGUGACGUCACUUUAGCUGCAUGAAGCCCACAGAGGACAGCGGAAGUAGCGCUACAAGAUGCUUCGUGUCUCCUUCAGAACCAAACUCUAUGAAAACAUGUCUCAUAAAGGAUAUCCUUUUAUGUGUAGCACUCAUAACGUCAACGAGACAGGCCAUUAGGUUCAAGAUGGAACCUUUUUAUAUAUAUUUUUUGUUUUUAACAAAAUAUUUUUUCGGAAACAUUCCUUUGAUUUUACUCAUACAACAUUUAUUUGCUUCAUGUUCGACUGCAUUAUCAUGAUGGUGGUGGUAUUAUGUGUCUUUAACCUUUAGUUCAUUGUUAUUAUGUUCAAUACGGUCAUUUAAACCAAUAGUGAACCUAACAAAAUAAUUUAUGACCCCUUGACCUCUGGUAUUAUGUAUCCUUGUCAGCUAAUACUCAUCAACUACAGCAUGCCACUGGAAGCAGUUAGAUUUUCACCUAUAAAUGUGCAGUAAGAGCACAUUUGUGGUAGUAACAAGAGAAAAAUGCAUUUCCCUUUAGAUUUGUUUACAUGAUUUUGUUAGGUAGUUUGAUAUUAGCGAUGUUGCACAACAAUGACUGCAGAUACACACUUUUAUUUUGAAGGGGAUAACAGGAAGCAGUGCGGUCCAUUAAUUUGACUUGACGGUCUGUGGAGAAGGGCAGAGAGCUCCGAGUGGGCUUCGGAGGAUGUCCGCCCCGCUACGGGGACAAGCUCCGGGCAGAAUGCUUGUGUCCUGUCGGCUGCUCCUCAUCCAGUCGCCCAGCACCAGUGUCCGUCGGCACCCAUGAAGCCCCCGCUGAUGAAGCCCCGAGCUGCCAGAGUGAGGCGGAAAGUGGCCGGAGACAGAGAGCAUGUACUGGCGCGUCGGGUUCGCCUGGACGCGGUCGUGUGUGGUUGAUCUUGGCCAGAACCAGAGCUUCUCCUCCGGCCUGGUGGGCCCCGAUGAGCAGCUCUCGUUUUAUGGGUACAUCAUCGCCUACCCACUGCAGGACUACGGCGGGAUCAUGUCAGCUUUGGGCUCGGAUUCGUGGUGGCGGAAAACGCUGUAUUUGACCGGAGGGGCUCUGCUCGCUGCCGCUGCCUAUUUGCUGCACGAACUGCUGGCCAUCAGAAAGGAGGAAGAGCUGGACUCUAAAGAUUCCAUCAUACUCCACCAGUUCUCCAGGCCCAAAACUGGCGUCCCGUCCCUGUCCCCUUUCUGCCUUAAACUGGAGACCUACCUCCGUAUGGUUGACCUGCCCUACCAGAACUACUUUGAUGGGAAGCUUUCGCCCCAGGGAAAGAUGCCAUGGAUUGAGUACAACCAGGAGCAGGUGUGCGGUACUGAAUUCAUCAUCGACUUCCUGGAGGAGAGGCUGGGCGUGAGCCUCAACAAGAGCCUGACACUACAGGAGAGGGCCAUGUCUCGCGCCAUUACCAAAAUGGUGGAGGAGCACUUUUACUGGACUAUAGCUUACUGUCAGUGGGUGGACAACCUGGAAGAGACCCAGAAGAUGCUGUCGGUGAGCGGACCCCUGAGCGACCUGCUCAAGUGGAUCCUGAGUCACCUGACUGGUGGGAUCGUCAAGAGGGAGAUGUACGGGCACGGGAUCGGGCGGUUCUCCAAAGAGGAGGUUUAUGCCUUGAUGGAGAAGGACAUGCGUACUCUGGCCACUCUGCUAGGUGAUAAGAAGUACAUCAUGGGCUCUAAGCUUUCGACAGUAGAUGCUGCAGUUUUCAGUCACCUGGCCCCUGCUAUGUGGACGCUGCCGGGAUCACGGCCGGAGCAGCUAAUCAAAGGGGAGCUGAUCAACCUGGCCAUGUACUGUGAGCGCAUCCGCCGGCGUUUCUGGCCCGAGUGGUUCGUGGACCUGGAGGACCUCCGCUACUCCGACAUCACAGAGGACAGUGACUCGCCCUCCAAACUCCCCGACCUGGGCCUCUUCUCCGGGACGGGCACUUUCCAGGAUGACACACACUCACACACUCCCCACAGUCCCCACAUUCCCCACACUCACACGCCACAAGACCCGCCGUCGCCGGACAGUGACCCCACGGGCCACUCGCUGUACGACUCUGACAUGGACACGGAGUGCUCUGAAAUAGACCAGCUCAAGUGUUGACCAAAACACACACACAAGACAGUGCACGCCACAUGUACGAACGCACACCACGGGAGGGAGCUGCAUCCCACCCGUGCACGCGCUCCCUACCUCUCAGAUCGGAAAAAAAAAACAGCCGGGGAGUGUUUCUGGUGUUGCCUGUGGCGGCGAAGGGGUUAACUUUAGAGGAAGAGAUUUCACAGUCAAAGGAAAGGAGAGCAACUUGGGCGACGGGGGAAAAUGGGGAGAGAGGAAAGGAGUAGCAGAAAAGUCGCAGUGGAGGGAGAAGAAGGAGAAGAAGAAGAAAAAGGUUAAAAAGUAAGAAGCAUCAAAAACCAGGAGUAAAUGACGCAGUCGCUGAGAAACUCCUCCACGUGGUCGACAUCAUCUGCAGUCACAACCUUCUACCUGUUGUCGCGUUUCCUGUAACCGUGGCAACUCCAUGUGCGCGUGCCCCGCCCUACUCCUCCAUUCCUCGUAGCAGUUUGCACCACACAGCCUUGUGUGUCCUUCAACACCUCGUGACACUGAUACUUAGGGAACUGUACAGGAUUCAUGUGAAUGAAGACAAUUCAGUGUAAAUACAUGAAUGAAUGAUUUAAUUCUCAGAUGUGAUGGAUAGAAUAUCUGAUUAUACGUGAGUAUAAAUAGUAUAGAUAGCAUCUCCUCUGUCUUAAGGUGUAAAUACUGUAGCUCUUGUGUUGGACACAAACACUGUCUUGUAGUAGUCUCAAUGAAUACCCUGCUCUGCUGGUCUCGGAUCGGCGAGAGGAGCCCUCGUUUACACUGGGGACGUAACAGUAAUGCCUGCUGCCCAUGUUUAAGUAGUGCAGUAAAAUUUCAUAGCAGAUAAUGAAUCUUCCAUAAGCACUUUGAAACUAUCUUUUGUCUUAUUAAGACGGUUAUUUUUGCCAAAAAGAAAAAUGCCCCACGUCAGAAACCUUGAGUUCGGAUUAUCAGACUCCUGUGCGGACAUUCAGAGCAUCGAGAGCGAGCAAAACAAUCAUGUAGACUGAACAGACGUUUAGUCUGGAUAAAAGAGCAUGGCUGGUACGUGCCCAAGGAAAAUGUCCCUUUACUCAUCACAAUGUUACCUACAUGUCUUAGGUAUAUUUAAGUUGGAUGUUGGUACCUAUGUCCAAAUCACGAAGACGCGGCCGAUGGAAACAUCUGAAAAAUUCCUUUUUUUUUUCUUUUUCUUUUAGCAGUUAGGUUUUUUUUUUUUUGUGACCAACGUUCCAUAACCAACAUGAUGGACUGCUGUUAAAGUGCAUCGUAAAGCAAUAAGUGAGCAGACGCAGGUCCACUCCGCUCUGUUGUGAUUGUAUGCUAGGCUGUAGUAGUGACGGCAGGUUUUUAUGUGUGUUUGUCGUUCAGCAAAUGCACAUACCAACAACAUUAUUUGUGUCAAGGCAGAACGGAUGCAAGCAAGGAGUACACACACAACAUAUAUAUUUAAUAUAUAUGGUCACCCUCUGUGAAUGAGUGAUGGCACACUUGUGAGGCUUCACAGCUGAACCUUUCCUCCUAGCAUACACACAAACACACACUCACAAAGUAAUGAUUCCAGUUUUAGGAGGCCAGAGAAAAGGAAGUGGUCUGAGAGACAGGACGGUGCGGUGGUUUAUAUUGAUGGUGCUUCUUAUUCUUUAUCUAGUUUAAAGUAGAAAUCAUGUUAGGAAUAAAGAGGAAUCUUUACAGUGGCCGACCGGCUGAUCAAUCAGUGAAUUUAUUGGCUGGCGUUAGCCUCAAGUCUGUUUUGUUUAAAGGCCUGGUCACACCAGGAAAUGGUUCGCUAAAUUCAAUCACUGUGUCAUUUUGGUGAUAUACAGUAAUGUCAAUACUUGCAGAGCUAGGCGGCGGACUGCUGCAGCUGGUGGGCCAACUUCUAACUCGCAAGUCAUCUGUACUGGAGCGCAUCAAACGCAGCAGCUCACGGGAAUUCUCUCGGCUCCACUCAGUGUUGUAGAUUAAAAAGUUGCAGAGAAAGAGAGAAACUAAAGCCUUUCGGGGCUAAUGAGCUCAGGUGUUCUGCACCCACAAGCGAGCUUUUAUUAGAAUGAUUUGAAGUUGCUGUAAAUUUUUUUUUACCAUUUUAAACGUAACCAGGCUUUAAUGGAGAAAUAUUUCUGUGGACAUAUAGCGGACAUCAGCCGGUGGGUUCCACAAAACUAAUACAGAAAAGCUAAAAAUACAUUUGAGGCAAUUGAAUUAAAAUGAUAUUAGUUCACCAGAGAUAUCUGACAACUAGAACGUCGGACACGAUUUUAAACAACCUAUUUUUAAGGUUGCUUCCUUAUGAAAAUCACUUCUAUAUUUUAUUUAUUUAUUUACUUAUUUAUUUAUUGAAUGCUCCAUUGUCCAACAUGUGCCCCUGAGAUGUGUCUGGCUCUUCUCCUGAAGACGCUGCACACAUGUGAAGCUCACCUCGAGUUAGUGAUAUGUAGCAUGUAGCAGCAUAUAGCGAAAUAAGAAGUAACAGUAUGGUACCACAACAUGACAGACGAUGCGCUGCCACUGGUAACAAGUCAGCGAUGGAAACGUGAGGCUCCUUCACUUUUAGGCUAAACACACCUUUGAGUCUGAGCGAGGCCUUCAGGAGGUAAACAGCAGAAGGUGAAGCCUUGUUUGUGUGUUUGUGAUUUUCUUUGUCUUAAAAACCCUUUGCCUGCAUGAUAUUGCCUUCUCCCAUCAACAGUCAGAUUUAGCCUUAUGGAAAAUGAAGCUAAACUGUUUACUUUAUAUCAGUGCCAGCAAAUGAAUUAUGUUUUUUAUAUGUACUAUUUAUUUAUUUAUUAUAUAUCUAUUUUAUGUUGAUUGGGAUGGUUGAUGUGCUUGAAUUAAGGCAGCAAUGGUAUGUUUUUGCACUUUUCUUCUCUAUGUUUACAGGCAGUCUUUUUUUUUUUUUGUUCUGUGGCUGAGAAUGAACGUCACUGAUUAUCGAUUAUCGACCUGUGUAUUAGUGCAAUACUGUAGAUUCUCUUACGACUUCUGCUGGCGUGACGCCGAGCACAUUGUCAUUGCCGUAGUUGCAUGUGCGUCCACCUCUUGAGAUGUCAUUUGAUAAUUGCUCAUGUCGUGGCGUCGCCACCAUCAUCCGCGUUAAGGUGCGCCAAGCAGCAAAUGUUUCCUCCAUCUGAAGAGAAGUAGGACUUUUUACCAAACCGGCCACCUGAUCUCAGAUCAGCAGAUGCAUGUGAGGCGUCCUGCUGAUCGGCUGGUCGUCGGCGUCUCCUCUCUCUCUCUCUCUCUGUCUUUCACGAGUUCACCCAUUCCAGGACAAAACUGACCAUUCGUCUUAACGUUCCUCAGCAUUUAAAGGUCAGGGGUCAGGUUUUCAGUCCUGCCCCCGUGUGUCACUUUCCCACCACGAUCCCUGCUUGUAGACUAGAAGCCAUAUUGCAUCGUCUGUUGAUGUUGUUCGUGCUGAAACAUUUGUGGAAUUUCAUCAGACUGUAAAUAAGAUAGCUUGAAAAAAAAAAAAAAAGAUGUAAAGUGCAAACUUAAAAGCUAAGGCUGUGUAAGAUUUAAAAAAAAAAAAAGAUUCUUAUGAAUGUAUCAUAACUAGAGAUAAAAAGCUGUAUGAGGAUGGAUAGAAUAUUUCAUUAAAUAUAGCUGUGAUAUUUUCCUCUG